UGCUACAAUGGAAUUAAUAUGUUUCGAAAUAACUUGAGGAAAUUGUCACGGCGUGAUCAUUUCGGUUUGUUAUAUGUAGAUUUUCGAUAUACUUAUGGGAUAUUCAUUCAGCGAUGGUUAUAAAAAUGGAAACCAUUCGGAAUGAAGUCUUAGUUUUGUUAAAGGUUCGGGUCGGGAACGAGCUUCCAAUUGCAACGGUCAAAAAUGAUUGGUGAAGUGAUGAUUAUUGUUCUAGUUUCGAUACAAUCGACGCGAAGUGACGUUUUUGCAAGCAAAAGUAUUACCCGUGCAUUGGUGCCUCCUCGGAGGGAUACGGAAUACAAGAAUUUAUAUACCACAACCACACCUCUCCCGGAAGUGAUAAUCAAUCGGCAACCAGUGAGAACAACAACUGUUCCACCACAGGACUUCCCAGGAUACUACUACAACCCUCCCACUAACGCAUAUAUCCCUCCGGAGCAACCGUUUGCUGAUGAACCGCAACCACCACCUCAGAGACCGCUCGCGGAUGAGUAUCCCUCUAUCGAUACUCAAUACCUCCCUCCAGAAGAAGACUCUGAUGUCCCGGAUGAUACUCCAUUCUCGGACCCACCAGUAAACGACUAUUUACCGCCACCUCAACAGCCGCCACAACGUGAUGAAAUUAUUAUUGUGACAACCGAACCAGGAUAUCAGUACAAUCCCCCGAGCUCUGCAAUACCCCCAUUUGCGGACGAGGGUUUCUCUAAUCCAUCGACCGAUACCGGUUAUAACUACGAUCGACCAGCCAAUGCAUACAUUCCACCUUUUGGUAGAGCAUUACGCGAUGAAGUUCCAAACGGUUCUCGCCCUAUAAGGUUGCAGCUAAACGAUUUAACGUGUUUAGACAACAAUGGAGGAUUUUUCAGGUCCUCACUUACAAUACAAAGUGCUAUCGAUAGUGUUCCUCUUGUGGAUGUGACUAGUGAUGUAGAUUUAAGUGGAUGUGAUGUAAGGGUAGCCCAAAACAGAUUACUAGUGGACAUUGAUUCUAACAACUUUGCAAGGUGUGGUGUUCAACAGUGUGGAGUGAAUUCACGAGAACUGUGUUUGCGGUUGAGGUUUCCUCAAAUUGCUGGAAUGCGAACAGCUGCUGAUUCAAUUCUCACCCUACAGUGCAAAAUACAGCAACGUGUCGUAGCCAAAACGCAUUCCGUGAGACUUGGUGUGAACAAUGACGUGCAAGAAAGAAGUGCAUCCGGUACGUUCGCAUACGGCGGGUCCCAGCGGCCCUUUCGGACGCAGCUGGGACUUUUUCGGAGGUCCGAGAACGGAAAUGGUUUCACACGAUCACUCGAACCCGGUGGAUCGGUAGUGCUGGGAGAGGAACUGAUGCUACGAACGCAAGUCCGCAGUGGAGAUGGCUGGAAUUUCACCCGACUGUCCGAUGUUGUUAUGCAACGACAGUCUUCGGCUGGCAGUGUUUUGAACUCGGCAACCAUCGUAACGACUAAUGGUUGUCUGAAUCCUACAAUGCGAGCCAUCAGCUCAGUCGCUCCGGUAGCAGAAUCACCGCUUAGCUAUCGGUUGGCAUUCCGAGCGGCGAUGUUUCAAGGGAUGCGAAGCGGAGACGAAAUGGUCAUGCGAGUGCGGAUAGUUGGCUGUGUUGAACGAAGGGAGUGCACCGUGGAAAAUUGCUCAACCGUUCGCUCUAAAAGAGAUGCCGCUGGCAAUUCGACCGCAAAUGCUCCCGACGAGGACGAACUCCCAUCGGAAGUGGCAUCCAUUUCGUUCCGAAUUAUGCUACCGUCGAACUCGAGCGUUGACCUUCGCACUGGCGCUGAGCCAACUUCGUCGUUUCUCACGCUCUCGUUAGCGGUGGUCAUUUCGGUAGUAAUGCUUGUGGCGCUAAUCGUGCUCAUUACCGUCAUAAAACUGUACCGAACGAAGCCACUGCACUACGAUGAGUACCGAUCGGAUUAAGUGCAAUAAAAGACAUCACCUCGCGAUCGACUCGAUUGCCCCAUGCCACAAGCGAAAGCGAACGUGAACGACUAGCUAGUAGUUGGGUGGUGCACAUUGCAAUAUGUAGCUCUCAGCACAUGCUGUUGAUAGACACUAGGGUGUCACCGAAAGGUGUGAUAAUGAAAAAGUCUUUGUGUUUAACCCUGAUAAUCAUAUAAUAAACAUAUGCACAAUUCAUUUAAAGAACAAAGUGAUUCAUAAAGAAACUGAAACAAUGGUUAUCGUAAAAUUAUCUCAGAAAGACCUCUCUCUUUAUGUUUGAACACCACGACUUUUUUAAUUUUAGGCUAUUGAGCACACCCUAAUCAUUAUCUUUGAAGGGGAUUGCGCGUUUGUACUUUAUACUGGAGACGGGUCAUAAUAGAUGCAAUAAAAUAAAGAGUCAACCCAAUCACUAAACAGUGUUUGCUACUAAACAGAUAGAAAAAAUUGUAUUUAUUCAUGGACUGUGGUUAAUGCAGUCAGUGAUGGGAUAAAUAAGUUAUUAUAUUUAUUACAUGGUGCUGAGGAAAAAUGCAAGUAUGCGCGGAGGCUGUAAAAACUGGUAGCUGAAUGAAACCUCCUGAGAAUUAUAUUACUUCAUCAACGUCGUGUAUUUGGUAUGUAGGCUUAGCGCAGCGUCAGCUGGUGGCGUAAUAAAAAAAUGAACAGGAACGAGAAACGACAACACAAGCUUUUCCACUUUUUGUUGUUAAAUUAAUUGUAUAUUUAUUCCUAACUGUAACAGAGUUCAAUCAGUGCGAAUAAAAUCUAUUGAAGUGAAGCUUUAA